AUGAACCGACAAGCCUUCCGAACCGCCCUCGGGCGCACCACGCCCUCCACCACCGCCCGCGCCCUCUCCCUCCCCGUCAGCGCCACCACCCCAACCACCUUCGCCUCCUUCUUCUCGACCACCGGCCCCCGGCCCGCCGACAACGACAACAACAACAACAACAACAACUCCAGCAGCAGUAGCAACCCCACCAUCAAACCCCGCCAAACCGCCGCCGUCUCCCGCCUCAGCCAACUCAACAACAGCAGCGGCAGCAACAACAACAGCAACAGCAACGGCGGCCGCCAAGUCCUCAGCUCCAUCCCCGGCAUCCCCUCCUCCCCACCCCCCUUCCGCAACAACACUAACGGCGGCAACGGCGCCGGCCGCCGCGGCGUAGACGCCCGCUCGCUGCGCGUGUCGCCCGACGGCGGCCCGUCGUCGUCGUCGGGGUCGGGGCCGCGCGUGCUGAACCCCGAGGAGCAGGCCGUGAUCGACCGGCUGGAGAAGGGCGAGGUGGUGCCGUUCGACCCGCAGCUGACCAUGAACUCGCUGACCGGGUACGGCGCGGCGGUGGCGACGGACGCGUCGGUCGGCCAGGUCGAGACGGUGCUGCGGACGAUGCGGCUCAUGACGGGCGGUAUGGCGUUCAACUCGGAGUCGGGCGUGACCGCCGAUGUCAAGGAGGUCAUGAAGCGGUACCGGGCCAAGAAGCCCAUCUUUGUGCACAGCAAGGGGGAGAAGGCGUGGAUUGAGAGCGCCCAGCCCCGUCUCAAGCUGGUCGGGCCCGACGCCGGCACCAAGAAGGCGAUUAUCGAGCCGGCGGUUCUCGGCAAGUACGAGGCCGCUGGCUUUGCCGAGGUCGGUGACACCGCGGGCACCAUGGCCAAUUACCACUCGCGGACGUUCACCUACAUGGGGGCGGACUCGCAGAAGUUCAUGGACAAGGUGCUGUCGCUGUUACCGGCGCAGCAGGGUGGUAAGCCCGCUUCUCAGGCGAAACCUUGA